UGGGGCUGUAGUCAAAGUAGACUUUAUAGCUACUGGGUCAUGGUGUAAAGCGGGUGCAGUUUUUUACAGAGGCGUUUUGGCAUUGUUAGUCUUUCGCUAUAAAUAACAAGCUCAAUUAUAUUUAGGUGUCUCGAACAACUGAACCGCUGUAAAGGGCCACAGUCAGAUGUGUAGACACUAUAGUGUAACAAAAACAGCCUUUUCCCAGGCGGCGCGUUAGCAAAGCUAACAGUUCCUUCUACUCAGAGCCACACAAAGGGACUGCGGUGGAUGGAUGUGAUAAUACUGACGUUGAGGUUAACGAUGGAAUUUUUUUGAAUAGUGGAGGGAGUAGUUGAAAAACAGUUAGAACACAGACAAUACCGUAAGUUCUGGACUAACUCUACGUGACUGUCAGUAGAGCCGUCUUUGUUAGGGAACAUCCCAGACUUGACUUAGGAUUCUGGACUUGUCACUGACUAAACUACACAUUGUGGCAAACUGCGUUGCUAAACGUUUGGGUGAUUUAAAAUCAAUGCGUUUUUCAUGUUAACGCCGUGUAAAUAAUGAAUCUUUAGUUAUGGCUAUAAUUGUAGAAAUAAAGAUGCUAAUAGACGUAUGGUCUGAAUUUAAAACCAGGUAGCUCACUAGCCCGCUCAUAUUUUAGUAAAGUAUUUCUUAGCAAAGCUAAUUACGGUAGCUAACGAACCCAGUUACUGUAAAUUGGAGUUGGGAGUUUUUCAGAAGAGAGAAGUAUCUUAUAUGUCGUUUCCGACGACAGAAAUACUUAUGGUAUUCCCCUUGGUGUUGUCAAGUUUGUCUUUGUGUCUGUAAACCAUUACGAGCGAUUUAACGUCACAGAUAUUUGGCUAGCAGGCUAAUUAGUUUGCUGAGCUAAUGCUAACGUUAUAGCUACACAUUACAGGGUAACUACAGAGGGCAAGUUACUGUUAGCCUGUAGUCUUAGCAGUUAGCGGUAGUUGGUAUAAGUGCCAGAAAAGAAAAGAACACAGGCCAUUAUUCUUCUUCGACAGAAACAAUGGCAACUCCGACAAACGAGGCCUUGUUUUUGAUAAAGGAUGUGAAGCCUGGGUCGAAAAAUUUGAAUAUCGUAUUCAUUGUUUUGGAAAUAGGACGGGUAACCAAAACGAAGGAUGGACAUGAGGUUCGCUCCUGCAAGGUGGCAGACAAGAGUGGAAGCAUUGCCAUUUCAGUUUGGGAUGAACUGGGCAGCCUUAUUCAACCAGGAGAUAUUAUCAAGCUAACCAGAGGCUAUGCAUCUAUAUGGAAAGGCUGCCUAACCCUAUACACUGGAAGAGGAGGGGAUCUACAGAAGAUUGGAGAGUUCUGCAUGGUGUAUUCAGAAGUGCCCAACUUCAGUGAACCAAACCCAGAGCUGCUAGCCCAGGCCAACCAGCAAAACAAGUCUGGGAAACCAGACCAGAAUCAAAGAGGAAACUCCCCACCCAAUCAGAAUUCAGGUACACCUGCACCACCAGGUCAGUUGAAGUGUAUUCUACUGUAUGCAGUUAAAUAGUGCAAUAUCUGCACUAAAUUUAUACUG